AUGGCCAGCACCAAGACAACUCCUUUGCUUGCUGUUCUUUGUCUUCUCCUGAUAUCUGAGGUGGGGAUGCUCAUGGUUGAAGCUGAAAGUAAAGAUUGCGAGACUAAGUGUGCAUUCAGGUGCAGCAAGUCAUGGAAGCCCAAGAUGUGCCAUAAAACAUGCAACACUUGCUGUCAAAUGUGCAAUGAUGGGUGCGUGCCUCCAGGACCUACUGCUAACAGGGAUGUAUGCCCUUGCUAUGCACAAAUGAAGACCCAUGGGAACAGAUACAAGUGCCCUUAAACAAAUUAUUUCUUAAAUACAAUCCACCUCUCAAAGGAUUAAUUAAUUUUGAUGUUAAUUACUACUAAUUACUGAGUCUAGUACUUUUUGUAAGAUACUUGACUUGAACUAAAUAAAACAAGGAGGGAAAAGAAAAAUUGU